UCGCUAAAACUCGUUCACGACGAGAUACAGUUGGAUAAGGGACACAAGCCAGGGAUGUUCAAAAUCUGAAAUGACUGUGAAGUAUUAUGAGCGAAAUAUUAGUGAGACCGUUCUUAAUAUAUCAUAGAUAGAUAGCCAUAUGUCUCAUUAAUUAAGUGUCGAUAUUUUUACAAACACAAGCUUUGACUCGAAAGACUAAAGCCACCGCAUAACUGAAACCAUCGGCAUAUUCACCUGCUCUUGAGAUGUCAACUAAAAAAAUGGAAAUAAAACAGGGGGAAACCAGCAAUGGACAUGAGGAAAAAAAUAAAUGCAGGAAAAAGGCAUGGGUUAAAUUGAACGUAGGUGGAACAGUAUUUUUGACAACAAGAACAACCCUAGAGAGAGACCCUCAAUCUUUUCUAAAUAGAUUAGUUCAAGAUGAUGCUGAUAAUGGGUUAAAUACAGACAAGGAUGAAAAUGGAGCCUAUCUUAUUGAUAGAGAUCCUACAUAUUUUGGACCAGUACUGAAUUACUUACGCCAUGGCAAGCUGGUUUUAAACAAAGACUUGGCAGAAGAAGGAGUUCUGGAAGAAGCAGAGUUCUAUAAUAUUACUGAUUUGAUCAAAAUGAUCAAAGCAAGAAUUGCUGAUAGAAAUGCAAAACAAAGUCAGGCAUAUAUGAAGAAUGUGUAUAGAGUUUUACAAUGUUCAGAGGAAGAGCUAACUCAGAUGGUUUCAACAAUGUCAGAUGGCUGGAAAUUUGAACAGCUAAUUAAUAUUGGAUCUCAGUAUAAUUAUGGUUCCGAAGAUCAUGCUGAAUUUCUGUGUGUUGUCUCUAAGGAAUGCCCGAGUAUAGUUAAUGGUCAAGAAAACGAACCGUCUGACAGAGCAAAAGUGUUACAACAGAAAGGAUCAAGAAUGUGAUUUUCUUAAUGUAGCAUUUGUUCCAGCAGUUUGUCAUGUAUUUAAUUUCAUGCAUCGUUUUGUUUUUUUAAGAUCAUAGAAACUUUGCAAUCUCUCUCUACAGUCUACUCAAUGUAUCUAUAAUAUAUAACUGCCCACAUUCACACAAUUUCAUUGUUUUAUGUCUCUGCAUUAUAUUCCAAUUCAUGAUGUAUAUUUUUUUUGUACUGUUUUUUUCUCCUUUGUGAAUUCAGUGCUAAGUAUUUGAGAGUAUUAUGUCAACAUUUAAUUACUUAUUGAAAGCUUAUAAAUGUUAAAGUUAGUUAGCAAAACUUAUUGUGUGAAUGUUCAAACCCCAUGAAAAUGAAUACUCUUCACCUGACUUAUUAUGUUGUAGAUUAUAAACAAGAAGCCUGUUAAAAAAUAUUCUUUAUUUAAAUUACAUGAAUGUAUUAAAAUAGUAUUAUUUAUGUUCUAAUUAGAAGAAAACAUUAUAGGGUUUUCCAGUGAAUGAAAUCUGAUAGAAAUUCAAGUAUGUGAGAAAAAAAAAAGAAUGUGUUAAGUUAUUCACUAACAAUAUGUUAACAGUGAAUUUACAAAACUUAACAGCUUUUUCAUUUGAGUAAACUGGUUUUAACAUUUUUUGAACACAAUUAUACUUCUGUUUGACUGUGACUUUGUGGUAAAUCUAUCUUGUAAGUGUCUACACAUGAUUUAUGCGCAAAAUGUUUGGACUUUAUGCUUGUCCCCGACUUUCGAAGAAAAAAGGGAACCCAUUAAAAUGGGUCUGUCUGUCACACUUUUUGGAACACGAUAACUCUCCUUCUAAUUGAGCUAGGAUGUUCUAACUUCAUGUAGGUGAAUGCCUUGAUGGAGAGUUCAAAGAUGAGCAUUUUCUGCUUAGGCUAUGCAGAGAUAAGCAAUUUGAUUGGUUGAUGCUAUGGGAAACAAAAACUUGGUUCUAAUUAAGUGAGAGUGAUGAAACUUGGUGUAUAGUUUCAUUAUAUCAAUACCAUGACUGAUUAAGUUCGAUAAUGACCAUUUUCUGCUCAGGGUAAACAGAUCAAUAAGCAAUAGAUUGGUCAAGACAUUGGAACAUAACAACUCUGCUUUUAAUUGAGGAAGAAUGUUUAAGCUUGGUGUAGAUGUUCAUUUGGUGAAUGUCUUGACUGAGUUCAAUGAUUAACAUUUUCAUCUAAAGCUAAGCAGAACUAAGCAAUGAUCUAUGCUUUGGAACAAGACAACUUUGAUUCUGAGUGAGAAUGGUGAAACUUUGUGUAUAGUUUUACUACCAGGUACUUCAAAACCUUGACUGAGUUUUAUCAUGAACAUUUUCUGCUUAAUAGACUAGGUAUCGACAAUCAGUUUCAUUGCUCAAUUUUUUUCAAGAAGAUAGAUGUGCAAUUAAUUAAUAUGUGUCAUCUAUUUAUUUUGGGAUUGCGGCGAGGGACAUCAGCCUCAUUUUUUACUUUUUGAUACUGCAAUCAGCCUACCUGUACGGAUUAUAUUGAUAAAUCAGUUAAUUAAUAAAUGAAAUUUAUUAAAUAAACAAAACAUGCAGUGAAGAUGGAAAUUUUCAUUUUACAUGGAUAUGAUUUAUUUUUUUUUUUUUUUUUUUUUUUUAUAAAUCUUUCGGAAGUAUAUCAUACCAAAACAAUAAAAGUUGUAAUUGGAUGAAUUCACAAAUCAAAUCUUAUAAGUUAAAUUAAAUAUGUACUGUAAUGUAACAAUAUAAUUGUGUAAUUAGGUUGUGUAAUUAGUUUCAUUUAGAAACAAAAUAUGAGACAACAAUGUAAUUCAAAGUUUAUCACAAAAAAGGAUUUUUUUUAAAUUUUUAGUCAACUUCAGAUAUUAUUUAUUUAUACUUAAAAUAAUAUUUAGCUUGAAUGCUUGAAUGUAAAGAAAAGGCUAUUUACUUAAUAAACUAUUAUGUUUCAUGCUUUGUGAAUGAAAUAGAGUAAGUGAUGUUGUAUAGUCCGUAUGACAACCCUUCUUCUCUAUAUCCAUUAUGUGUUGGUUAAAGCACAUGAUGUAAUGUAUGUACUGUAUUUAUGUAGGUAAUUAAAUUGCUUAUUUAUGUAGAUAAUUGUUUUUAAUAUAUGUUCUUGUGAAUGUUUAUAAUGUAUUUUAUUAGAAAAAAUCAUUGUCAUAGUGCUGUGAAAAUAAUUUAUAUACUUUCUGUUAUUUUGAAUAUACUCAAUAUUCAGACUUGCAGGUAGAAAACCAAAAAGAUACAAAUGUAGUAGAGAGUCUUUUAAAAUAGUUAUAUUUGCCAUCUAUACAAGAUGCAUUUAGAUAUUUAUUGUUUUACAUGUGUCUACUUAUCUGUCUGUAUUAAUAACAUUCUUUUAUAUUUGUAAGUCUGUAAUAUUUAUUUCUAGAUCUGAUUUAUUCUCACCUCAUCAUGCCCAGAUUAUUGGGCCAGAAAAAUAAAAAUAAAUUUAAAUCGCUGACCCUGUAUCCAUGUAGGUAUGAAAAUAUUAAUUUAUUAGUUCAAUUAGUUCUAUCCAAUCUAUUAAUUAAAAUAAUAUUCUGGUAGGAAUCUUUUUUUUGUUAUAAACUAUUUUAGAACUAAGUGUACCAAAGAUGUCUCUUGAUCAUGUUAUCUGUAACUUACUUUUAUAUCAUCUGUAUGUCUACAACCAUAAUUUACUCAAAAACACAUCUUUUAUCCAACAUUAUCUUUAUUUCCUUUCUCAAAAUUGUGACCUGAAGACAAAUCUGACAUGAAAUGAAUUACAACCCUGAUUAUUUGUAAUUUUAGCAUAAAUAUCAUACUUGUAAUUAUGCAGAAGCUGUAUUAAUUUUUCUUCUGAUCAAAUGUGAACGAAUAUAGUGCAAUAUGUUGAAAUGAGAAGAAUUAAUCAAUUAUAAAUAUUGUUAAAAUUCUACUUUUUAAAGUGUGAAGAAAAAUUAUGUAUAAGAUAUCCCUUAAUCUAUAACUUGCAUUUUUCAGACAAGGUCUAAUAUUGUAUGGCUUAAUCCAUACUGGCAAUGUGCCAAUUGUUCAUUAUUUAUACUAUAUGAAAUACGAAAUAGUACUUUUAAGUUGUUUAACAUCCUUGUCCAGUAUCAAUAUACUUAAAGGGACAAUAACACUCUUGCUGGCUUGAAAGCUCCAGAAAAUAAAUAAUAUCUCUAUCUAAGUACUAGAUGUUUAAGUGUCCUACCUGUUGUGUAAAUUAUCCAUUACAUCCUAUUUUACUUGUCCAGAGGGUUCGAAAAUAUUUUUAAAUUGAAGUUUCAUUUGAAAAGGUUUACGUUAGACGUUUCAAACCAUUAUGUUGGAUUUUUCAAAACUUUUAAAUAAGGUGUGUUAAGAUGAAAUUUGUAUCAUCAAUUAAUUGAAAUAUUGUAAAAUAGUACAAUUUGUUGACCAGAAUAAAGAUUGGGACAUAUUAUUCAGUUACAACAAGAGUGGUAUUGAGCCUUUAAUGUUUAACUUUCGACCAUUUAACCAGACAUAAUGUACUCAAAUGGAGUAUUUCACAUAUAAUUAUAUAAACAGUAGAUAAUCUUCGUACUUGAAUUCAGUCCAAUUAAUAACAACCCCAUCAAAAGAUUUACGGUAUCCAUAACUUAUAGGUGGCAUUGGCUUGUUAAUAUUGUCUGCAGAGAAUGCUGAUUUUUUUUUUUUAAUAAAUACUGAACGGGAAUUAUACCAUUCUGUGACUGAUAUUCCUUUUAGAAAUUCAACUCUCACAAUAUUGUAAUUCAAACAGGAUUUAAAAUUCAUCAAUGGAUGACCAGUGGCUUUAAAAAAGAUAUUUUCAUUUAUACAACAAUGCAUACCUCUUCUAUGUCUGUACCUUAAAAGAAUGCUCAAAUAUGUGAUUGUCAUUGCAAGAAGAAACAAAUGACAAUCAUGAAAUAUUUUUUCACUGAAUAUAAAAUAUAAUUUCAUAUUGUGAAGUGUCACUAAAACCAAACAUACCCACACUAUUUUUAUUUACUUCACUAGUCCAUCUGAAAAUCGCUCCUCCUAGUCAAAUUUAGUAAAACUUUUCAUACUAAAAUGAUAUCCUGUAUUUUCAUCACCAUUCCAGUUUCAGAAACCCAGUUUUUAUGUUUUGUGACAUAGACGCUAUUCAUUUGUGGAAUACAGAAGCUAAAUUUCAUGUUAACAGUUAUUAUUCCUUGUAAUCCAACAGUCAUUUUAACACAACAUAUAUAAACCUUAUAACUCCUGAUGGAAAAAUUCUCUUUGAAAGGUGUAUAUGUACAGUGUAUGCUAUCUUUAUACGAAACAAGCUAGGAUCAUAGUUCUUAACCCUCAUGUUCUAUGCCAAAAUAUGUUACGACUUGUAAGAUUCAUGCAUGUUUUCUAUCCUACUUCCAUUGUGUCUCUGUUUCACAAAUUUAUUCAGGGUUUUUUUUUUUAAAGUGAAAAUAUAAACUAUAUGAAAUAAAUGAAUUGUUUUGGUACAACACCUUAUUUAUUAUUAUGUGUUGUCAAAUUUAUUAUUGUGAAAUUGUAUGAUUACUAUUAUUAAUCAGUUAACUGAAUUUAGUAUGUACAUAAAUAAAAUAUUAAUAUU